UGCUCCUGCUUUGUGGGGGUGAAUUGCUCGGUUUUUUGGUAAGAAAUAGCUCGAAUUAUCCCUUCUUUAGCUUUGAUUUAAGUUGGGCUCCUUUAAUUUUGGGUUAAACCGUGAGUCUCCUGCAGAAUUUUCCUUCCAUGCCGCUGGCUCUUCCCCAAAUUGCAGCUCCGGCCUUGCUUGUUGGAUUCUGGUAUGUGAAAAUUGGGGAUAAUUCCGGUGGCUUUAGGAUGAGAUUUAAGCACUAAUUCAAGUGGGAUUUAUGUGAUUGAGUGUUAAUUGACUGCUAUGUGAUUUUUGGAGAAAAUCCCGUGAAUUAGUUAGUGUUUUGGCCAAUUUGUGGAAGUUAGAGUUACUGUUCACGUCGUGGUUACUGUUCAAGGCACUGUUCAUGGGUACUGUUCACACCCCGAGGGCCAACAAUUAACGGGGAUUUAAGUGAUUAGUUUGUGAUAUAAGAACGAAUUUGGAGAUAUCUGAUCAUGUGGAGAUUGAUAGGAAUAGCAUCGGGAUUAAGAGUGAUCUUAAUGAUGAUUUCAGUUUGAAUUUGUGAUAGUCUGGUAUUAAUUCUGAGUUUAUCUCAUAGUUUUUCCUUGUCCACCAUUUCAGGAAGUGAAACCGAGGACGGGAAAUCACGAGAAGUGACGAGUUAGAAGGCUAGCCAUAUUGUAAUUGGAUAUAAAUUUUAGAAAUAAAUCAUGAUCUUGUAUUUGGAGAUUUCAUGAUAUCAGAGAGAAUUUUAUAAUUUGAUCUUGAGAUUUUGGUGGUAUCAGAUUGUGAUAUGAUAAGUUUGGAGCCUUGUGCAUUUGUGGGACCCGUCUUACGAGUGCACGGCGUCUGCCACGUCCCCGGAUUUGGGUUAUGGGGCGUGACAGGUGGAAUGAGGAGCACUUCGUUAAUCAAAAGGAUUUUGCUAA